AUAAUGUAUUAAAUACAACUCAUAUUGUGGGAUAUAGAAAUACAGCAUCUACUCUUAAUAAUAUUAUUGGAAGUUAUCUUCCUUCAGUUGAUGAACAUACAGAACCCUAUGAAUCAGUAGCUAUUGAUUAUAUGAAUAAUAUCCAAAUAUCACCUACUGAUGCAAAUAAAUUAUUUCAUCAUUAUAUAAAUUUUACAACAAAAUUAAUUCUAAAGGAAGGUAUGAGAGUAAUGUUUCUUAAUAAUUCAUUAUUUAAAAAAGGAUUAUUUAAUGAUUUUAUUGGUGUUGUCUUAAAAAUUAUUUAUGAUGAUAUAGUUCAAGUUGCUUUUCCAUUAAAAACUGGUAUUUCUAAUGUAAUAGUAGUAAAAGAAACUAGUUACUUCAGA